AACAGAAUGCCACCGAAACAACGAAAGAGAAUGGAGGAAACGUUGCUAAAAUAACAUCCAAAUCGUUAAAGAAACACCGCCAAAAUGACAAAACAGAACUACUAAAGGAAACAACAAAGCACCAAAAAAGACGGAGGAAACACGCUGUAAACGGGAAA